UUCACGGAAGAGCUUCGCUUGCUGUCAGAAUCAUUACAUGAGGAGACUUCUUCGGACGGGCGAUUUGAGACUCGUUUUAGCCUUUAUUGUGCACAGAACCCCCCCGCGAUGGGGAUGUAUCGCCGAAGGAGCCUACAGUUCGGUCUUUAUGCAGAUGACAGUGGCGGGUAAAGGACCUCAGUGGUGACCAUGGCUGCUUUCUUGUCUUCACCUUUUUACAUGCUCCUGCUGACAGUGCUGGCCUGUUGCUUCGGGGGUCUACUAACCUUAUGGAGCCAGAAUCCACACUUGGACCCCAGUAUUGUCUCAGAGAGUUGCACCUCAGGCCUAUCCUGGGCUAUCAGCCUAAAGCCUACAGAGGUGAAAGGCAGUGAGGAUGGGCAGACAGACAGAAAGACACUGGACAUAUUGGCAAGGGAGGUGGCCUCAGCAGCUGGCAUGGAGAGCAGAGGUCAGAUUGGUCAGUUAGCUGGCCACUAUCUUUUAGUGUUGCCUUGUGUAAAUAAGCAUGAAGGCAUGCAGGAGGAAAAGAGGCGGCAAGCCAAUCACUACCUCAGCCAGCAUCCGGCGGUUCAGUGGCACUCAGAGCAGCAGCUGCUGCGACGGGCAAAACGUAGCAUCCACUUCAAUGACCCAAAAUAUCCCAAACAGUGGCACUUGCACAACGACCAUAACCUUGGAAUGGACAUCAAUGUAACUGGCCUAUGGGAGCGCAACAUCACUGGCGCAGGCGUCACAGUGGUCGUCGUCGAUGAUGGAGUCCAGCACACGCUACAGGAUAUCCAGCCCAAUUAUAGUCCAGAGGGCAGCUACGACCUGAACUCAGAUGAUCCUGAUCCAAUGCCCCAUCCUGAUGCCAACAAUGACAAUCAUCAUGGCACACGGUGUGCAGGAGAGAUUGCGGCUGCACCCAACAACAGCUUCUGUGCCGUCGGGGUGGCUUAUGGGAGCCGAGUGGCAGGAAUCCGUGUGCUGGAUGGGCCACUGACAGACAGCAUGGAGGCGAUCGCUUUUAAUAAGCACUACCAGAUAAAUGACAUCUAUAGCUGCAGCUGGGGACCUGAUGACGAUGGGCGGACAGUCGAUGGACCCCAUCCUCUUGGCAAGGCGGCACUACAGCAUGGGGUCAUAGCAGGCAGGAGAGGCUUUGGGAGCAUCUUUGUGGUGGCCAGUGGAAAUGGGGGGCGGUCCAAGGACAACUGUAACUAUGAUGGUUAUGCCAACUCCAUCUACACAGUGACCAUUGGUGCAGUGGAUGAGAAUGGCAGGAUGCCCUUUUACGCUGAGGAGUGUGCGUCCAUGCUGGCCGUGACUUUCAGCAGUGGUGAUCGUAUGCUGCGUAGCAUUGUGACGUCAGACUGGGACUUCCAAAAAGGAACAGGCUGCACUGAUGGGCACACUGGAACUUCUGCGGCUGCCCCACUGGCUGCCGGCAUGGUGGCACUCAUGCUGCAGGUUCGACCCUGCCUGACCUGGAGGGACAUCCAGCAUAUCAUUGUUUUUACUGCCACCAAGUAUGAUGAUGUCCAAGCAGACUGGGAGACAAAUGGAGCUGGCUUCCAUCACAGCCAUCAGCAUGGCUUCGGCUUGCUGAACGCAUGGAGACUGGUUAACGCAGCCAAGACCUGGCAGUCUGUGCCAAAUCUCCUGUCCUUCCAGAGUCCUGUGCUGAAGGAUGGACGCCGUAUCCUUAUGACCCCCUCACAGCUGCAGGCUUCCUGGACGGUGACCCUAGAAGACCUGCAGCAAUCUGGCAUGCAGACCUUGGAGCAUGUGGCAGUGACCCUGACCCUGACCCAUCCUCGGCGUGGCGAUGUAGAGAUUUUACUGCUCUGUCCAAGUGGCAUGUCCUCUCUGAUUGGUGCCAGGCGAAUCCUGGACACGGAUUCCUCUGGCCUCACAGACUGGACGUUCUCCACCGUGAGGUGCUGGGGAGAAGCGGCUAACGGGACAUACACACUAGUGCUGCGCGAUGUGGGUGUCGGCCUGCCAAGGGGUACUCUGCGGCAAUGGAGGGUCACUCUGUAUGGCUCUUCAUGGUCCAGUGAAGAUGUCCAGGACAAACAGAGGCUGGUUGAAGAUGCAAUGGGAGGAAAGUAUCUGGACAGUAACUUUACCCUGCCAUGCCCCCCUGGAUUGAAAAUCCCAGAGGUACUGGACAGCACACUAACCACCAAUAGCCUGAAGUCGCUGCUGCUCUUGGGGUGCUUUGCACUCUUCUGGUCCCUCUACUAUACGCUGGAAAUUGCUUUUGCACAGCUGACCUGUAGGAGGCGCCAUGAUCAUCGCCACUUUGAGGAAGGCCUGACGACAGAGCUGGAAAGGUCGUCACAGGUGCCCGACUGGCCGGACCAGGUUGACGAGAAGGCUCCCUUCAUCUGUCAGGACAUCAGACAAGAGGUCAGCAGCUGAAAGCAUGCAGGGUGCUGGACUCCUGCACGGGACAGCAGAGACAAUGACGGACUUGCUCUAGAGGUGCUGGACACGAGGUGACAAACUACUGACGCCUAAAUCGUUUGGAGACAUGCUAUGUGGUGAGAUUCCUGUGGAGCUAAAGUCUCACCUCCCAGCUGCAGGAGGUGAGGUGGUCAGUGCCUGUUUAAAUAGGAAGUACCUCCAGACUACCCCCCAAACCAAACCCCUGUUUCUUUUCAGUGGUCACAUAGAUACUAGUCCUUUGUAAUGAAAUCCCACCUGCCAUGGCCCCACCGUUCCCACUGCUGACCACCGAGACUGCAGUUGCCUUCAUUUAUAAGUGUCAAACAGCCCCCUCUCCUGGUGGGCUCACAGAUACCCUCCAGCCGCUACAGACAUGGUGCCUUUGUGUUGGGCGAGGGAUGCAGGUAAAUAAAGCACGGGGUGCACGG